CAAUUCUGAACCGACCAGAUGAAGUCUUGGCUCAUGCUCUGCAUUUUGGCUUCAUGGCUGCUUCCUGUCUCAGUAGAUCAUUGUUUCGAUCCUCCUUCAGUCAACUAUAGCAUUCUUGUAGCAACAGCUACAGAAGACAGGUUUCUGGUGACUUACAGCUGUAUCAGGGGCUACCACCUGGUAGGAAAAAGAGAACUUUUCUGCAAUAAAACAUCCUUGGAAUGGGACUCCCCUGUACCUACUUGUCUCUUGGGUCACUGUCCUAACCCUGUGUUGGUUAAUGGUCAGCUGAAUUCCUCAAAACUGGAACCUGUUUCUGAGAAGGAAGUAGUCUCUUUUAAAUGUGACAAUGACUAUAUCCUGAAGGGCAGUAAUUGGAGUCAGUGCCAGCAGAACCACACCUGGACACCUCCUCUUCCAAUUUGUAUAACAGGACAAUGUGAACCUCCCACAAAGCCAGAUCAUGGCCAUUUUAAAACAAGAGACUUCAAUUCAGGAUCAAAUGUUAGUUUCCACUGUGAUAAUGGGUACCAGUUAAUUGGGUCCCAAAGCCUACAGUGUAUGGAGGGGGAAUGGAGUGAUAAGCCCCCCAUUUGUCAAGCCAACAGGGAGGCUCCAGUGGAAACUAAGAAGGAGUCGUGUACAUUUCAGGAAAGAAACAACAUUUGUAAAAGUAUACAAACAUUGAUGCAAUGUCAAAAAGAAAGUGGAAAAACUCUAGAGGAACUGAAAUACUCCCUGGAAAUCAAGAAACUUCAGCUGGAAAAAGUAAAAGCUUUCAUGAAUACAGAAAUAAAGAAGAGAAGCUUUUGAAUAAACUUUCUUUUUGAUUCUGAAAUUUA